AGUCCGUAACUAAAAUACUCGUGGCUUAUCAAUCUCGUGUUUUGUUUAGUUGAACAGUUAAUAUUACAAUACGUUUUCAAUUAUGUUUGAAUACAUUUUUUAUUAAUAUAAAAAUAUUAUAUAAAGAAUAAUUUUUCAACAUUUUAUAAAUUUCAGAAAAAUGGAACAAUUAACAGUUGCUAAUGGUGUGGGAGCAGCUGAAUUGUCUAUGGGAGCAGAUUUACUGUCUAGAUCAGCUGAUGAAUAUGGAAAUGAUGAAAAAGUUGAAAUGUUGUGGGCAGUAAAAGCAUUUGAACAUGCAGAAGUAUAUUUUAAUUUGAUUUGUUCCGUGGAUCCUAAACUACUUCGAUUGACUCCAUAUGAUGACAAAAUUUAUAAAGAGUUUAGACGUUUAUUUCCUGAUCUAAAAUUAGAUAUUCUUAAUGAAGAUGAAGUCAAAAGUGAUGCUUCUAAAAUAAAAUGGCGAAGAUUUAGUGAAAUUUAUAAAAAUAUGGAAAAUUAUAAUUUUGGAACCUUAUUAAGAAAAGACGUACGUGAAGACUAUUCUGAAAUCAACAGUUUUAUUGUUAUUAGGAUACAAUUUUAUGCUAUUGAACUUGCAAGAAAUAGAGAAGGUCUUAAUGAUGAGCACUUCCUCAAAAAUAUUUAUGAUAAAGAUAAUUUUGAACCAUAAUUAACAAAUUAAUUCUGUAAUCUAAUAUAACUCUAUCAAUUAUAAAAUAGAAUAAUGCUAUUUUUAUAUUCAUAAUAUAAAUGUUUAUUGUGAACAAUAUACAUGAUUAAUAAUAAUAAUUGCACACUUUAA